UGAGAGUUUAGUGGUUGCAUUUUUUCUUAAUUUAUUAUCAAUUACUCUGUUGUUAGCUUGUGGCCGGAGCGAGAGAAGUGGUGAACUGCAUGCUGGGGGACCCAACGUUGCUGCGGCCAGACCUUGCUCUCUCCAAGAUGCUGGGGGUGGAAGACCGCAAGCUGCCUGUGUUGGUGUGGACACAACACCAGCGUGAUGUGGGCGGGGAGGUGGUGAGUGCCGCCCGUGUCAGCGGCCUAGCCGGCAUCACCAGGGUCGUUGUGGCACCCAUACAGUGCAAGGUUAGUGGUGGCGGCGCCGGGGAGGCGGGCGUGCCGCCCCUGGCCACCGUGCUGGCCAACGCCGUGCAGCAGGGAGGCUGGGUCCUCGUGCAGGGAGCAGAGUCACCUGCCGUGCUGCCCACCCUGCUGGCUGCUAUGACCUCCCUAGGCUCCCCAGAUGUCAAGGUUCACGACGAUUUUCGGCUGAUAGUGACGGUGGGUGUGGGGAAGGAGGAGCCAUCGGAUCUAAUACUGCUGGCACGCCCACUCUACGCCCACCCAGCCCACACCCUCCCCGCCACCCUUACCGCCCUUGCUGCCCUCAUCAACGGACACCACUACCGCCACCACUAUCUAGGCUCGUCGUGGAGACGGGCGGUGUGGCAAGUGGCGACAGCUCAUACCAUCAUCAUAGUCACUCGUUACUGGCACUCUCAUCCACCCCCUGCUGCCACUCCACAUCCACCCACUCUGACGCCCAGGACUCAGGUGGCCUCAACGCGUCCUCCUUCAUCCCCCACCCCUACCCGUGCCACAGGCGAGCCCGGGAAGGAAACAACAGGCUACCAGGGCCUUGACGGUCACCUCAGCUUGGAGGAAGUGACUGUCACUUGGUCAUGUCUCACCAAGCUCUCACUUGAACGAUCACUCGAUGAUGAAACUCUCGUCCAGUUCUUAGGAGUGAUGUACGGACGGCGGGAGGCAUGGCAAGAGGCAGUGUGCACCCUGCCAAGGGAAGUGGGGUUGGUGUCCAAGGAAGCUGCUCUCAGCAUAGUCUCAGCACACCUCACAGCUUGUCUGCAGGAUCUACACAACCUCACGCUGGACGUGGAAUACCGGGCCUUCCAAGAAGACCUCACUGCCAUCGCUAGUGAUAUCUUUCCUCCAUCGCCACCUGCUGAGGAUGAAUGAGACCUUUUUUUAUUUUCAUUUACAUGAAUAAGUGAAUCUUUCAAAGCAUUUAAAGCUUCUCCUGGUUUAUAUUGCCGAUGUCUUCUUUCGUAUAUUAUCACCUGAUUAAUUUAGCGAAUUGAUUCCCAUGCCUGUUGUACUUUAUCCUUGGUUCACUGACUCCAACCGUGAAUGACCUUAUUAUAGCUCCACAAGUCACAGUUUUUCAGGACCACUAUUCCAUUCGAUGUGACGGAUGGAUUAGCCCCCUCCCUCCCAUCUUUUACCUUUUUUUUCUGUUUUCUGCCAGUUAAUUGUCAGGAUACAACACAAACAAACGAACCAAAUGAAGGUGUAACAUACAUUAUUGUAAUUCAUGUUUUUUUUAAUCACCCUUAUUUGUUAACCUAUGCUAAAUAUUUGAGGAAAAUAUCAAAUUCCUCUAUAAUGCAUUUGAAAUGUGAGCGCGCGCGCGUGUAUAUGUAACUACGAAUAGAUUUUCCUGGUGGGAUCUAAGAUGAAUAAGGAACAGAAUACCAGAGCCGUCGUAAAUAAUUUCAUUUACUCUCCAAACAUCAUCAAUCAUGCAAACAUUGAUGAUCAUCAAACUUCAUCAUCAGUGCUAAAACAGUUUAGGAAUAGUUGCCAAGCAGAAUAACUGGUCUCUAUAUAAUGCCAAAGUGUAAGAUAAUUUCAGUAAUGCACAAAUGUACUUAAUGUAGCUUCACUUCCAAUUACGCGUUCUGUUAAUUCACUAAGACAAUUAAAUACAUUGGAAAGCGCUACACCCAGAGCGGGUCAUAGCGCCUAAGAAUGGGUGGUAAUUUCAAUUAAUUCAGGGAAAAGGAGGGUAGGCUUAAUUUCUAGGAUAAAGAAUCUUUCACUAGUAUCGACUCUCCUAUCAUGGAGGGUAAUACACCCAAAGAAUAGUAUUUCAAACUUUUAUUGAUUUUAGUUAUUCAGUGAUUAUAGCUUCCUUGCAAAACAUUGUGCAAUCUAAUAGUAUUUAUCUUUAACUUCAUGAAGUACCUUUCAGUUAGCUAUAAGGUAACUGAUAAUAAAAUCAGUAACUACAGUUACUGAUUUUAUAUAUUUUAUACUGAUAUUAUAUUGAGUAAAUUCUCGAAAGUCCAGCGUUUACUAGCGCGCUCCACUAGGCUUUCCUUGUUUAGCAAACAACACAAAUUCCAAUAUACAUGGCUUAGUGACUCGACUAGCCCACACGGGAGUGAGGGCUGGUGGACUUACUAAACCAAACCAACAAGGUUAUUAAGAACACUGAUUGCUUUUCCUACUGCAGCGGAAUAAUAAGCCUUUUAAGAUUCUUUAAGUGCGAGAUGUUCACGAUGCACGCUCGUUCAUAUUCAUGUGUAAAACUGUUUAAAUAACAUGUUUCGAGUUCGUAUUUAUUGUUGAAUUUCUGUGAAUAAGUUGGGGAGAGGAAAAGAGGGGGAAUGAUAGAUCUACAAUGAUUCAAGGCUCAAGUGUCUUGGUGCAAAGAAUGUGUCGGACUGGAGGCUGAGGUAAACGUGCGUAUACUAUUUUUUUUUAUUUAAAACAAUACAAUACAUUAAAUAGAUGAAAGAACCUAGUAUCAGUUCUUACCCCGAAUUAUAAGUUACAUUGUCAAGAUACACACAGACGUUUAACUCUGUGCUGACACAAACUGUCCCUCAUCCCCUAUACAUUAUAUCCCAUGCACCUAUGUUAAGCAAGAUUACACAAGACUACAUUACAAUAAGCAUUAUAAUUAUUAUUAACAAAGAAGCACCAAACCUACAAUAUGCAUUUAUUUUCCACUUUGUUAUUUAUAUAUUAUGAAUCCUUCAUAUAUAAAUGUACAUAAACAAAUACACGUACAACAAGAAACAACACGAACUAUAAGGAAUGGUUCCAGUACUCAAUCUAUUGGGUUACACACUGUAAGAAAUGACAGUAUAACACUUUCUUUAACUUACACAACAGAUACUCACCCACUCCUGAGAGCAAUUAUAAGAAUGAACAAAACAAAAUUACAGUACCCCUCAAAAAGUAUACUUUCACUGACCUGAAUAUACAAAUAAACCCCGUUCUUCUGACCUUUAAUAUACACAACACACCACACGAUUAUGACAUUGUCCCCUCAUAAUUGAAUAUUAAACAACAUAUGCAAUUGUACACUUUUGAUUACAAGGAAAAUGUGUGUGCUGUCUCGAUUGCCAUUACAUCCUACACAACACCAUUCACAACUCGCUACUGACGAUCACAUCGUCCAAUAUAGACAUUCGUAUGGAUCUAGAUAAUUCCGUGCGCACACCGACCACCCUGCUGGGUGAAGUGUGCUGCUUCCUGUUAUCUCCCAGAAACCUAAAAGUAAUAGACACUAAUUCAACGCUCUAAAACAAGUGGCACCUUUUUACUCAGAAAUGUAGAAUAAAACACCUAAAUGCAGUACCUACAUGACACAAUAAAGUUAACUACAAAUACAGCUAAUACACAUACUCCUCAACAGGCAUUACACUUGCAAUAUAUAUUAUGCCAACAGUCACGUUACAGACACUUGUAAUAAUUAUACUCUAAAUCCAAAAUAUUAUUAUGAUAAUCAAAAAGAAGCGCUAAGCCACAAGGGCUAUACAGCGCUAAUACAAAAAGCAAUCCUGAGAUUAGCUUAUAUGUAGUUCAAUUUCACAAUGGAUACUUAUAAACAAAUGAUAUUCCUCACCUUAAUGUAUAUUUGGUAAUCAUCUUAUGACUAAAAAGCUGUCACCCACCAUAUUCUCCUGUCCAAAUAUGCACUCACACACACGUAUACUUUUAUAAAUACAUCUAUGUAUAUUUCCGUACAUAUGCACACAUAUAUAUGUACACACUCACGCACCUACAUAUUUAUGUAAACAUACCCCUCAAGGAAGGUUCCUUGAUGUUGGUGAGGGGCUCUUGAUUUAGGGAAUUGGAUCUGUGCUCCAGUUCCCCGAAUUAAGCCUGAAUGCCUUCCACAUCCCCCCCCCCCAGGCGCUGUAUAAUCCUCCGGGUUUAGCGCUUCCCCCUUGAUUAUAAUAAUAAUAUGUAAACAUACGUUUCCAUCUCUGCCCCAUCAUAGCCAAGGAAAAACACCUUGAAUCAAUGAUGUCACACAAACAGCGUAAUACGCUUUCCCCUCACGCACUCUUCCAUAUAUUACCCAAUAUUAUACGUACCUCACCUGUUGUUAGGUAAGACACAUAUGCAACAGUUAGGUAUCUUUAUUUCGGUAUUUUAUACCAUUUUAACGUACCUCACCUACAUUCUUGCCAACUCACACCCACACGCCUCAUAACGGGAGGCUAGCCCGUUGCUUCCCAUUGACCUACAAAGUCCAUAAAUCACACAGCCGAAAAUUCCUAUAACCCUCUGCAAAUUCAGUGUUCCAUCUCCUACCAUAUACUUCCCGAUUGGGGCACUUAGAUCUGUAAAAUGUCGCCGCUAGCACCUUUAUCCUUUCACCCGCUCGUACAUCUCUCAUUGCCCAUGAUGUAAACACGAAAUCAGUUACCAGAUAUGCCACUGUGUUUUUAACCUGCGCUCCCACCCCUUCAAUAUCUAAACUUAACACUCGCAAUACCUGCAACCCACCCCCUCCCAUAAA